AUGCCGUUCCUCGGGCAGGACUGGCGGUCCCCCGGGCAGAGCUGGGUGAAGACGGCCGACGGCUGGAAGCGCUUCCUGGACGAGAAGAGCGGCGGCUUCGUGAGCGACCUCAGCAGCUACUGCAACAAGGAAGUCUACAACAAGGAGAAUCUUUUCAACAGCCUCAACUAUGACGUGGCGGCCAAGAAGAGAAAGAAAGACAUGCUGAACUGCAAAACCAAAACUCAGUAUUUUCACCAAGAAAAAUGGAUCUAUGUUCACAAAGGAAGUACUAAAGAGCGCCAUGGUUAUUGCACGUUGGGGGAAGCUUUCAACAGGCUGGACUUCUCCACCGCCAUCCUGGACUCCAGGAGAUUUAACUACGUUGUCCGGCUGUUGGAGCUGAUAGCGAAGUCACAGCUCACGUCCCUGAGUGGCAUUGCCCAGAAGAACUUCAUGAACAUUUUGGAAAAAGUGGUACUGAAAGUCCUUGAAGACCAGCAGAACAUUAGACUAAUCAGGGAACUGCUCCAGACCCUCUACACGUCCUUGUGCACGCUGGUGCAGAGGGUCGGCAAGUGCGUGCUGGUCGGGAACAUCAACAUGUGGGUGUACCGGAUGGAGACGAUCCUGCACUGGCAGCAGCAGCUGAACAACAUUCAGAUCACCAGGCCUGCCUUCAAAGGCCUCACGUUCACCGACCUGCCUCUGUGCCUGCAACUGAACAUCAUGCAGAGGCUGAGCGACGGGCGCGACCUGGUCAGCCUGGGCCUGGUGGGCCCCAACCUGCACGUGCUCAGCGAGGACCGGCUGCUGUGGAAGAGGCUCUGCCUGUACCACUUCUCCGAGCGGCAGAUCCGCAAGCGGUUGAUCCUGUCGGACAAAGGACAGCUGGAUUGGAAGAGGAUGUAUUUUAAACUCGUGCGAUGCUACCCACGGAAAGAGCAGUACGGAGACACCCUACAGCUUUGCAAACACUGUCACAUUCUUUCCUGGAAGGGCACCGACCACCCGUGCACAGCCAAUAACCCCGAGAGCUGCUCCGUGUCCCUCUCUCCCCAGGACUUUAUCAACUUGUUCAAGUUCUGA